UUCUUUAGACAAAAGAAGGAUAACAGUUAGACCUGUUUGAUCAGUCCUGGUUCCCCAGCCCCCUCUUUUCAGAGAUAGAUAAGUUUGGCAAACAAUCUCGGACUAGUCAUUCUCAUCAUUGGAUCCCCCCAAGGAAAGGCUACUCAAGUUGUUACAAAAAAUCUGAUCUAAUUUACAUUCUGGAUUUGGAAUCACACCUGUGUUUAAAACAUUUUAGCUGUGUUUCAAUUUUGAUGCAUUGUAUUUCUUGAACUCCAGACAUCAUUUUGAGGUUCUACACUUAUGAUACAUGUAUAUUCCUCUUUGUUUUUGGAUAUGGAUGCAUAUUGCAGAUAAACCUGUGGACCAUAUACUCCUGGAUGUUGUAGGAUUUAUUUGAUUUUUUGAAUGCCAACCAGCAGUGCCUACAUUUGUGGCCAUUUUGCGUACAUGAUGUCAACUUCUUAGAACUCUGGAUUUUAUGCAUCAACAUCAUCUUUUUGAUUUAAGAAAGUAACUUAUCUUUUCCAGCUCAAUCAGUAUUUUCCCAGGCGAAGCAACCAAGGGACAUCGUGUCCUCUUUUGAACUUUCUCUCUACUGCACCUGUUUGUAGGGAUUUCCCCUAUUUUGAAAUUUACCACCAUGAAUGCUGCAGUGCAUCCCCAUACCCCAGCCUCCAAUUCGCCCAUGCCAAUGGUAUACUAUGCACAGUGUCCACCAGCCGGUCUAGACUAUAUGCCAGAGAUGCAUGAAGCAAUGGAUUAUGUAACAAUGCACCCACACAUGAUGGCAGGGCAGCCCCAGCUUCCACCAGGGUCCAUCUACCAACCUCAGUUUGCCCCUCAGAAUGGUCUGGAACCAUACCAACAGGCCCCUCCUGGUGGCCAACCUCCAGCUGCCUAUCCACCUGCACCAGCCCCAGUACCUCAGACCCAGCCAGGAGAGCAACCAGUAGCGAUACAAGCAGCAUACUCACAACCGGGCGAAGUGCCACCGGGAUACACGCAGACAGCAGAACAGUUCUCACAAGCACAGGCAGCAGCCGCAGCAGCACAGGCCGGAGCGGAACAGGCCGGCGCAACGUCACAACCAAACCUUCUUAGUCCUCAGCCUGUAAGUAACAAACCUCACCAGAAUAAAAAGGUUUGUGAUCAAUAGCAAACAUAGCAAUUU